AUGUCUACCUAUGAAACCACCUCCCCUUUUCGGGUCUCCUAUCAUGAUCAGCUCCAGCUGGAGCGAAAUGAGGCCUUUCGCGCCAUGCGCGAACAACUUCGCCGUCAGGAUUGCGGCAUGGAUGGCCACAGCUUCUGCGCAACCCAUCGACACUCGUGCUCCGCCGCCGACCAGGAAUCCUUCCGCCUCCACCGAGAUAUCAUCCACACUCUCCUCGUCCCUCUCUUCCUGAUCAACCACCAAGCGGAGCGUGUCGCCUCCAGGGCCUUACCCAGCAAAAAGGGCGCGGAGCCAGAACGGGCCUUUAGGGGCGAGGCCCGAAGUGCCUUUGCCUGGCUCCACUGCAUCCUCACCGAGGAACACGACUGGUACCUAACGGCCCGCUGUCCCGCCUGCAUCGUCCUUCACGUUCUCCAUUCCGAGCCCACCAUCCGGUUUGUUACCGUCGCCGCCCAGCUGGCGGGCCCGCGCUCCGGCUUCGACUGCUGGCUCGCCGCGCUUGAGACCGCCGUGCGUGAAGACCCGUUCUGGGGCGAUGCUUUCUGGCCCGAUAUCGAGGAUCGCGCAGCCCGUCUGACUGAUGGGGUCCAGCAGCUGGUGCGCCAGUGCCACGAGAUGCGCGUCACUCUCGACAGCUCGGCCUGUGCGACCCCGGCCCUCGCCAAGGUGGCAACUCCCGUCUGCGAACGGUCUACAGGGACCUGCACGAUCGCGCUCAAGCCAUCAAGCUUUGCCCGCAAGCAGGUCCGACUAAGUCGCGAGGAGCAGCGAUAUCGCUCCUCCCUGGUGUGGAACUCGUGGAAUAAUUGCUCCCGGGAGCUUCGCCAGCCGCUGGGCGGCAGCACUCCGACUCAAGCGCGUCGCCGCUCGAUGACCUCCUGA